ACUCAGGAGGUUCCGAGAGAGCCACCGGGAAGCAGUUGCAGCCUCUAGGGGGACAGCGACCAGCAGGAUAGUGAACCGCUCCUGGUGGAUUCCCUCUCGCUCUUCGGCCUAGACCCCGCCGCUGCAGCAGCUGAGCCAUGGCCGAAGGGGAGAUCACCACCUUUGGGGCGCUGAUGGAGAAGUUUAAUCUGCCGCCAGGGAAUUACAAGAAGCCCAAACUCCUUUACUGCAGCAAUGGGGGCCACUUCCUGCGCAUCCUCCCGGACGGCACAGUAGAUGGGACCAGGGACCGCAGUGACCAGCACAUUCAGCUGCAGCUCAGUGCGGAAAGCGUGGGGGAGGUGUAUAUAAAGAGCACGGAGACUGGCCAUUACUUGGCCAUGGACACCGACGGGCUUUUAUACGGCUCACAAACACCAAAUGAGGAAUGUCUGUUUCUGGAAAGGCUGGAGGAAAACCAUUACAACACCUACACCUCCAAGAAGCAUGCCGAGAAGAAUUGGUUUGUUGGUCUCAAGAAGAACGGAAGCUGCAAGCGUGGUCCCCGGACUCACUACGGCCAGAAAGCGAUCUUGUUUCUCCCCCUGCCUGUCUCCUCUGACUAGAGAGAUGCACUCUGGGUGCUGAGCGCUCCACAGCUGACCCCAGAUCGUUCCCUUGACCAUUGGCUGCGCUCACCCCUGGCCCCCCCGAGCCUGAGCCUGUCAGCGAUGCCCUUCUCCAUGCCCAGUACCCUCCUUUGGCAGUGCCCUUUACCCCAGCACAGUUUGGGAUGAAGGGAACAAAUUGCUUCCAGGGGCCAACUGGCUGGCCACGGUGGGUCUUGUUUGAAUGUCCAGUUGCCUCUGGGCACCUGCAGGCUGAGCCUUUUCAUGCCUCGAUGGGGCCAUUUGAGAUGUGGGAAGGGGUCUGCCAAGUGGGCCAUUAGUAACCAUGUCCAGUCCCUCUGCUGAGUAAACCCUGCCUGUGACUUUCCCCCCAACAUCUGCCUGACUCCCUUGGUCCUUGCAAAACCCCACAAAUAUUGGCAGAGAAGCUUAUAGUUAGGCAAGAAGGUGGUGGUGUUCCACGGAUAGAAACAGAAAUCUCCCCUUGACACAAAAGAGAUUAAGCACCAAGGGAGAUGAAAUUUGGGGUGGUGAGCUUAGAACAAAGGGAAUUCGAAUUUCCCAAAUGGGAUAAGUUGGGUGGGGAGACUUUAGCCCUGGGGAAAGCAGCAGAAAUAUGUAGCUCUGUGGGUCCUUGAAACCUGAACUCAGUUACUUUGGGCAAUUGGAAGUCCCUGGAGGGAGUCAGGUAGAGAGAGAGUGAAGCCAGUUUCUGUGAAAGUGAAGGCUCUUGGGACUGAUACAUUCAUCCAGGGCCAGGGAGUGUGUGAGAGUGAAGAGGAAGAAGGAAUGACUCGGGCAGCAAGGAUAUACAUUCUCAGACGUGUAAAGGGAAAAGUCUAGGAUGCCAUGACUUUUGUGGCCCCAACAGGAAGCCCAGGGUUAGGGUACAGUUCAGCACUCCUGGGACAUUCAGGAUAUCCUGUUUGGGAGGGGUAGAGGCCCCCUUGAUGGGUCUGGAUAAAGUUCUGCCAUUUCUCAAAAGCUCCUAGGUGCCAUCCAUGUGGCUUCCUUCCUGCCCCCGAGUCUCAGAGCCAGGUACAGUAGAACUGGGGCGCAAAUGAUGGUGACUCAAACCCAUCCCACUCCCGACUGUCUGAUGGCCUCCCCGCACACCCCCAGGCAGCAUCCACAGCACCCCCGCCUGCAUUAAGAAGCAUGGAUGCAAGGCGCUUUGGCCCAAGGCCUAUGCAAUGCCCAUUAAAAGAUCCACAAAGGCAUACUGCAGAAACCAUUCAACCCUCACACACAGGUUUCCCCGGGGACCUUGUGUGUUAUGAUUACUUGUAUAAAUAUGUUUCCUGCUUAAAGUAAACUUGACCCAAGUGGCUAGCAAAUUAGAAACACCAUUCAUCUCUGACAUAUGAUAUUGCUGCCAUGCAAAGGCCUUUAAUAAGCCAUUGAAAUUUACUGUGAGACUGUUUUUAAUCACAUUUUAAAAAAUAUAGUUCAGAGGCGGUUACACUGAUUAGCAUUCAGCCAUUAAGAAUUAUAAAAGUAGUAUGGGGCCAGAAUGAUAGUACAGUGGGUGUAUGCCUUGCACAGAGCUAGGGUUCAAUCCCCAGCAUCCAUAUGGUCCCCUGAGCACCGCCAGGAGUAAUUCCUGAGUACAGAGCCAGGAGUAACCCCUGAGCACAGCCAAGUGUGGCCAAAAAACAAAAAACAAAGAAAAAAGAAUUACAAAAUUAGAUAUGAUAUGUAAGCUAUUCAAUUAUCUACUACUUGCACUACAUUUACCUAUAAAAUGAGAUUUUUUUCUUCCACUGUAUUGUAACACAUUGUCUUUUGGAAAUGGAGACUCUUAUAUACAACAAUAUGAUCAUUGUGGAUAAAAACUUAUGAGAAUGUUAGCUCAUGUUUUGUGAGGAAUUGAACUAAUCAUUAGUUAAAAAAAAAUUCCUUAGCAAUGGACCUGUCAUAUUUAGAAUGGAAGAACAAUCACAAUUUAUGAAAGUUCAAAGUGACAGUGCAAUUAAAGAACUGAGCAAAGUUAAAAUUAUGGUUAAUAACACCGUCCUGCAUUUGUACAACAUAAUGAUUUCAGAACUUUGGUUUUGUACCUUGGACGAAAUUAUUCUGUUUUAUUUUAGUACAUCUUUGCAAGCAAGUUGGGGCUAGCACAGUGUAACUUAACAGCUCUUUACUAUGAAGAUUUGGCCAGAAAAAAAAGGUACCCAGAGAGGAAAUCCAAGAUAUUAAUAAUGAUCUGUAAUUUCUAGCAUCUGAAUCAAAUUCAAGUAUAACAUUGGCCAAGAAAAAUGAAAUCCUGUUGCUAACAGAUGAAACAGAACUCUGUGGUUUAAGAAACCCAAAACACUGUAGAAGAAACAGUGCUGUAACUUCUACAAGCCAUGCCAGUCUUCUUUGGUAGGUUUGUUGGAUGUAUUUAAGUGCCUACUGUGUACUGGGCACUGGAUGGAGUACUAGGGUCUCUGGGAACCUGUCUCUCUGGUCUGCUGCUGUAUUCUCUCCCAGGGCAUUAUAUUUAUGACUGUAGAUUCAUUUCUUUCAACCCAGUAUAAACAUAGACUUUAUUGGUUCCUUCAGAAUAAACACCAAGUCUCAGAAAUCCAGGUUUUGGAAGAAUCAGCAACCCCCAAAGUGUUAGAUAAAUUUCUACCAAAGUGGCAGAGCACAAAGGGAGACAAAAUCCAACAUUUUCAAUGAUGGAACAGGGUUGGCUUUGGGGGAACUGUUUUCAACAUAGGGAUAGAGAGUCUGUCAGCUCCUGUACGAAGGAAGUAGCUGGCAGUUCUAUGCUCUAUUUUGAAUAUGCACCAGUUCCUCAAACACAGAACAUUCCCAAUGUCUCUGUCUCUCUCUUGCCUGAGUAAAGCCUGUGGCCAUCUGCCUGUCACAUGGCUGCUGUGGAGACUGAUUAUCAAGCCAAUUCUUAUGAGCAAACUGACUUUGUGUACAAAGUACCAAGAGCGUGCCUGUCUUUGACUGUUCCCAAUGCGGUGAUGGAGGUGGUGGUGACGUUUCCUUGGAAGGGUUGAUAAUAAGAGCCUCCCAUGGCCAACAGUGUGUACUUAGAAAAAUCUGACUGGCGCCUCAUGUGUUACUGAAGAUCAAGUGUCCUGCCUUGUAGAGGAGGUGAUAGAGUCCAAGUCCUCAGCUGUGUAGAACCCUCUGGCAGAGUGAACCGUGCUCCCGGGAUACAAUGCCGAUCUCUGGUGAAGAUGCCUGUCGUUUCAUAUCACACACGCCCCCUCCAUUUCUUUUGCACCCUACAAGUAUUAAUAAACAUUCUAGUAUGUGAGACUUUC